UCUCUCAACUCAAAUCGCCUCGCCCUGAUUUUGUUUCGCCGGCACCGUCUCUCUCUCUCACCGUACAUUGUAGACCUGAAUUGAUGAAUUACACGGCGAUCGACAACUUCUACUUAACAGAGGAGCAGAUAAAGACUUCACCUUCAAGGAAAGAUGGAAUAGAUGAAGCGACCGAAUUGGCUCUAAGAAUCUAUGGAUGUGAUCUCAUCCAGGAAGGUGGAAUAUUGCUCAAGCUACCACAGGCAGUUAUGGCUACUGGGCAGGUUCUUUUCCACAGGUUCUAUUGUAAGAAGUCUCUUGCCAAAUUUGAUGUAAAGAUUGUAGCUACGAGCUGUCUCUGGCUUGCAUCAAAACUGGAAGAGAACCCUAAAAAGGCAAGACAGGUCAUCAUUGUGUUCCACAGGAUGGAGUGCCGCAGGGAGAACUUGCCUUUAGAUCAUCUUGAUUUGUUUUCCAAGAAGUACUCUGAGUUGAAAGUUGAGUUAAGCAGAACUGAGAGACAUAUACUGAAAGAGAUGGGUUUUGUUUGUCAUGUUGAACAUCCUCACAAGUUCAUUUCAAACUACCUUGCCACGCUUGAAACACCUCCUGAACUGAGACAAGAAGCUUGGAACUUGGCUAAUGACAGUCUGCGUACAAACCUUUGUGUAAGGUUCAGAAGUGAAGUUGUGGCUUGUGGGGUCGUGUAUGCUGCUGCCCGCAGGUUUCAAGUGCCUCUCCCAGAGAGUCCACCCUGGUGGAAAGCAUUUGAUGCAGAUAAAUCUGGUAUUGACCAAGUGUGUAGAGUUCUUGCUCUUCUGUACAGUCUUCCAAAGGCUCAGUACAUCUCAGUUUGCAAGGAUGGGAAGCCAUUUACAUUUUCCAGUAGAUCCGGGAACUCUCAAGCUCAAUCAUCUACAAAGGAUGUUUUACCGGUAGUUGGCGAUGCUGUUGAAACCAAGUGUUCAACUAAUAACGAGUCUAAGGAUGGUGGAAUGAUUGCUACGCCUCAUGAAAAGGCUACGGAUUCGAAGAAGAGCGAUGCUGAGUCAAACAGUCUACCAAUUGUCAGAGACUCGAGGGAGGAUAGGAGUAAAGUAAGAGGAGAGAGUGAUAGGGAGAAGGAACGAGGUAGAGAGAGGGACAUGGCUAGGUCUUCUCACAGAGACAGAGACAGAGGCAGAGAUUCUGACAAGGACAGAGACAGAUCAAAUGAUCGAAGUCACUAUCGGUCAAGUGAUAAACUGAGCGUCUCAGGUGGGGCGUCAGAUAGAUCAAGGCAUCACUCUUCUCGGGACCGUGACUAUCGUGAAACCUCGCACUCAUCGAAAGAUCGUCGUAGGCACCAUUAAGUCAAUCUUCUUGUCACCAAAUCUUCCUCAUCCGGUGGGACAAACCCCUUUUAAGUCUACUUGAGUGUACCUCAAUUGUUAGCAUUUUGUAACUCUCGCAUGCGUCUAAGAUCAUCACCAUAUGUUAUGCUGACCGGUAGUUACCAAGUUAUGUGAAAAGAGUUCAUAAAACAGUUUGCUUGUUGAAAGUUUUAGUCUAGAAGAUCACCACUCAUUUAACGCUUA